UUCACAUAGGCUUCCUUUUCUUCUAAAACAGUUUACCAAAUCUUGCUGGGAACAUCUAACCAUAUCCUUGCAUCAUACACAUCCGUUCUUCCCCGACUAGACAAAGGGAUAAAAGAAACGGGAUAUAUGCGCUUCUGUCUUCACCAGACAUCACGAACAAUCAAGACAACCUUGCUAUCACAACCGAGAGCUUUUGUCCCUCAUUCUAUUAUCAUCGCACAACUAUCACGAACCAUGGUAUCCGAAUCGAAGUCUUCUCAGAAGCCAGAGAAUCUUAAGACAGAGGAGUAUAAGACAGAUGCAAAGUGGCUAAAACUGGAGAAGAUCAACUGGAAGGAUCAAGACGGAAAACAGAGGGUGUGGGAAGUUGCCAAUAGGGCGAAUAGGCCCAAGUCAGGAGUCGACUCUGUCCACAUUCUUGCUCUUUUAUUUCACCCACAUAAACCCGUAUCUACCGUCAUCAUUGAACAGUAUCGACCUCCUGUCGCUUCAACAGUCAUUGAGCUUCCUGCCGGCCUGAUUGAUGAAGGUGAAGACCCCGGUACAGCCGCUCUUCGAGAACUUUACGAAGAAACGGGAUACGGUAGUGGUGAAUCUGGUCAAGGAAAUGCGACUGUUUCCCACGUUUCCCAUGUGCUCGCCAAAGAUCCGGGGAUGAGCGGUGCAAAUAUGCAUCUGGUAAUAAUCCAUGUCAAGCUUGGGGAGCAUGAUCCAGACCCCGAACAGCACCUGGACGACGGCGAGCACAUCGCCAAGAAAGUCAUCCCUCUGAAGUAUUUGUCCAGGCAUCUUGAUGACUAUGCAAGAAGAGGUUUCAUGGUGGACACGAUCCUCGCCUCUCUGGCACAGGGAUGGGAACUUGCUCAUCAUUUCGAUGAGUAAUACUCCGGAAUCCUGAGAUUAUCGCCAAGGAUUAAAAGGGAAAAGGGGUGAACGAUGAAGAAAGGAGGUGUUCAAUGUAUUAAUUGCAAUUACGAGAUUGAAGUAUGUAUAGUAGUGCAUUCUCAAUUGUUUGCUCUGUCCAUUACG